GUGAGGAGCAGCGCAGGAGGAAGAGGAGGAAGAGGAGGAAUGGACGAAGAUCCCGGUGCGUUUGAUCCGAACAUCCCAGAAGAGGGACCUUCAGCGCCCCCUCCUGGCUGGCUGGAUGACAUACAUGGAUACCAAGGCCAUAAAGGAGGCCCGGAUGACCCGUUGUACCCCCCUCCCCCGGCCUACAGCCCCCAGCCUGAACUCAACAGGAACACCCUGGUGCCCAACGUCAGGGUCCCGACAAUAUCCGAGGAUGAGGCUCGACGCGCCCUCCUCCAGUUCGUGGAAUCCAAAUGGACGUACAGCUCCAAACCCGCCAGGAACCUGACGUUCAAGGAGCUGAAACCCAUCGUCGUCUACCGGUAUCGACUGGAGACCUACACUGAGACCAGAACCAGCGCCUGGCACUUUGAACCCUACAACGGACAAAUGGUGGAUGGUCCUCAGUACGGCAUGUGUCCUCAGCCGUGGGACGUCCCGGUGACUCUGCCUCAGAGAUACACCGACAUGGUGGAGAAGGUCCGCGUGCCGCACACCUCCUUCAUUAAGCUCUGUCACAAAUGUAACGGCAUUGGACGAACUCGCUGUGGCUGCUGCUUUGGUCAAGGAAUGAAGCGUUGCUCUUUCUGCCACGGGAACGGCCGGUCCAGGAACAAGCGCUGCACCUCCUGCCACGGCCGAGGGCGCAAGAGGUGCAGCUCCUGUCUGGGUCAAGGCUUCAAGACCUGCUCCAUCUGUCACGGCAGCCAGAACCUGCUGCAUUUCAUCCUGCUCACGAUCACAUGGAAACACAACGUAGACAACUUCAUUCCCGAUCGUCAGCCGGACUUUCCUGACAAGAAGUUUGAGAAGGUGACCGGAGAUCCUUUCUUCAUCGACGAGAAUGUUCUGGUUUAUCCCAUCCAGGGUUUCCCCGAUCAGGAGAUCUGCAACAUUUCUUCUAAACUGAUCAACGAACACCUGAACCGCUUCAGCUCCACCAGCCGCAUCCUGCAGCAGCGUCAGACCAUCGAGCUGGUGCCGCUGACUCACGCCCUCUACUCGUACAAAGGAAAAGACCAGAGCUUCUACGUCUACGGGACAGAGAACAAAGUGUUUACCUCCAAAUAUCCCUCUGCCUGUUCUAUCUCAUAAGUGGACACACGUUCAGACAGAUGUUGAACACAUGUUGAACACAUGUUGAGCAGGUGAUUCAGGUGCAGUAACAACCUUUAAAUUCACUGAAAACACCUUCAUUUUUAUACAUAGAUUCAUAUACUUAUAUAUUUUAGAACAUAUCUUUUUCAUUUAUGUACUUAACUGAAUUUAUCCACUUUACACUACACACAGUUACUUUGACUUUUAGUUAUUUUAUCAAAUACAGUCAUAGAUUUUAACCAUUUCUCACAACUUCAGUUUCAGGUUACAAAUGAGUUCGUCCAUUUUUUAGGUUCAAUAUAAUCCAGUAAAUCCAGUGUGUACUAACGUCUGCUACCUCGUCACUGUCAGUCGGACUGAACGUGUUCUCUUUACUUUAGAAUUCACUGUUAGAUGAAACCGGUUUUAUUUCAAAUCGUCCAGUUCAGGUCAACAGAUCAUAUUAGCAUAUUUAGAGAUCCAGUCGCCAAGAGGAUAAUGGUCAUUUCAAACCUUUUGAAAACGUGAUGUUGACCAACAAAGAUCUUUAUGGGUUUAAUACGUUAAACAUGUCGAGAUCUCCGAGCUAGUUUGUCAUAUAACAAACAAAACCCGAGAUCCGCCCCUUAAUCUGCUCUCAGGCUCCGCCCCUCCUCCAUGUUUGGUGGAAAUCAGUUUGGUAAUUUUGACAAACAACAAACAAACAAACAUGGUGGGAACUUCCCUCUGUAGCCGAGGUUAUUAUGUGUCUCGAUAUCAUCUGAUCAUCUUGAGGUGAUUUAUGUUCUUGAGACAAUUCUCACAAACCCUGAACUGUAAACUACUCCGUGUUUGUUAUGUGUAUUUUUACUUUCUGUGGGAUGAACCACUACUUCAUGUUGUGUUUUAAUACGAUAUUCAGUUUAAUUUCUUCAACCUAAAGACAAAAAACUUGUUGUUGUAUUUCAUAACGAAUCAGUUUACAGUCAGUUCCUCUGCACUGAUUCAUGUUUGUUGUUCUUUUCACAUCAUCGGUCUCAUGUUCAUGAACCUUUUUGGGUUUUAAACACAGAAUCAUCGUCAACAGGUCAUGGAUAAAGUUUCAAUCAGAAACGUCUUUCUCUAUUACAGUUCUCUCAUCAGUUGAUCAACACAUAAAUGAGAAUUUUCAUACAAACAAUGUAACACAAUUGUGUCUAUAAAUCAAAUAACAACAAUAGAAACAACAAGCCAGAUGUCAUCCUGUCCACACAGUGCAAAUGUAUUUUUACUCAAAAAGAAGAGACAUCAAAGAAGGAUAAAAUGAAAAUAAUAAAACAAUAAAAUAAUAAAGUUGAAGUUAAAAUGCUAAAGAAUAAAAAAUUAGGGCAUUAAAGAACAAUUCAGAGAAAUUAAGUUAAAUGUAAAAGUAAAUACAUAAAAUAAUCAUGAAAAUUAUAUUAAAUGAAUGUCCUGACUAUAAAUGUAGGUUCUGACAUUUUAUAGACCAAACAAUUCUUCAAGAAAAUGAUUGUAGGAUUAUUUCGUAUUUAAAACAUCUGUUAGUGUAAAAAGAUUUUGCUCUGAAUGUUGUGAAAACCAAAGAUGAGAUUUAACUCCAGAAGAGUUGAAAUAUAAACUGAUGAGAUCUUUAUGAUCGAGUUAUGUUUUCACAUUUCAUGGUUAUUUUUCAUUUACUCAGCCAGAAUCACACCAACUGAAAUGAGCCAGUUUGAAAUGAAAUCACAGAUAAGUACUGAACAUAAAUCUCAAACGUUAAAUGAAGGAAACAGGGAUGUUCGGAUACUUCUCUUCCUGAUACUAAUUCCAAUACCUGGAAUACUUUGUGCAUAUGACUGAUCUGAUACCAGUUCGUUAAAAAUAACGUACAGAACUUAUUUUACCAGCUUCUCUGAUUUCAAGUAAUCAAUAGUCAAACCAAAGACAGUUUGUUCAGCCUCUGACACUGAGACGACUCUUUAUAUUUUAUAUAUAUAUAUAUAUAUAUAUAUUAUAUAAUACCUUUCUGUUAGUUUUGUUAUACUAUGUUAUAUUUUGUAUUCUUUUCAGCUCAGGAUACUUUUAUACAAUACAUUUUCUGUGUCCAUAAAAAAUCUUUUGGAAUAACUCACUGAUUCCUGUGAUGAUGUCAUCUUGCAGGCUCUUGUUUUUACUUUUUAUAGAAAAAAAAGAAAGUGGCCUCAUACACCUCAACAACUCUGUGACAUGUAAUCCUCAUCUGUCAAUGUCUAAUAAACUCCUUAAAUUUACA